UAAGAACCUUUGCAGAACAGGCCAGGCACAUUAUAAAUUCAUCCUACCCUUCAUGUGAGCUGCAGAAACCUUGGAGACACCCAGAGCAGCAGUGUUUCUCCCUGCACAAAAUAAGGACAAUGGAUGCAUUGAAUAAAGCAAACACAAGCUUUGCUCUCGACUUUUUCAAACAGCAAUGUCAGGAAGAUGGUGACAAGAAUAUAUUGUUCUCUCCUUGGAGUAUUUCAUCUGCCCUGGCUACUGUUUAUUUGGGAGCCAAAGGUAACACUGCAGAUCAGAUGGCAAAGGUACUUCACUUUAACAAAGCUGAAGGAGCCAAAAAUGUCACCACAACCAUAAGAAUUCAUGUCUACUCCAGAACAGAAGAGAGUCUAUCAAAUCGACGUGCAUGUUUCCAGAAGACAGAAGUUGGCAAAUCGGACAAUAUCCAUACUGGAUUUAAAGCACUCAGCUUUGAAAUCAACCAACCCACUAAAAAUUACCUGCUUAAAAGUGUCAACCAGUUAUAUGGAGAAAAAUCAUUGCCUUUCAGUAAGGAAUACUUACUGUUAGCCAAGAGAUUUUACAGUGCAGAGCCACAGUCAGUCGACUUUGUGGGAGCAGCAGAUGAAAUCAGGAGAGACAUCAAUUCCAGUGUGGAACAACAGACUGAAGGUAAAAUCCAAAAUCUGCUGCCUCCUGGAUCUGUAGAUUCACUCACGAGGCUAGUCCUGAUAAAUGCACUCUACUUCAAAGGAAACUGGGCAACAAAGUUUGAAGCUGAAGCUACCAGGCAGAGACCUUUCAGAAUAAACAUGCAUACAACUAAACCAGUGCCCAUGAUGUACCUGAGAGAUAAGUUUAACUUAAACUACAUAGAAUCAGUUCAGGCUGAUGUUCUUGAGCUUCCAUACGUCAACAAUGACCUCAGCAUGUUUAUCCUGCUACCGAGUGACAUCGCUGGCUUACAAAAGCUAGAAAGAGAAUUGACCUUUGAAAACUUGUCUGCAUGGACCAAUCCAGAACUAAUGGAGAAAAUGAACAUGGAAGUUUAUCUGCCCAGGUUCACGUUAGAAGAGAAAUAUGACCUCAAAUCUACUUUGAGCAGGAUGGGCAUACAAGAUGCCUUCACAGAAGGUCAAGCUGAUUUCACAGCAAUGUCCAAGACUGGUGAUCUGUUUUUGUCACAAGUUUUUCACAAGUGUUACCUGGAAGUCAAUGAAGAAGGCACAGAGGCAGCAGCUGCCAGUUCAGCAACACUGGCAUCACGAAGUCUUGGUGCUACUGUUAUCUUUGUGGCAGAUCACCCUUUCCUCUUCUUUAUCAGGCACAACAAGACCAAGACUAUCCUCUUCUUGGGAAGGUUUUCUUCCCCGUAGAAACUUGAUUACUAAACAGGUUAUUGCAACAACAACAAUGAACUAAAUACAUACCACAAGGAGCAUCUCAAUAGUCUCUGCACUUCUUAAUUUUCCUGUACUGUUGACAAAUCUCUCAAUGUUAGAAGAGAGUAUUUAUUAAAAAUAACCUCAAAUUCAUGCCUCUGGGUCAUUUUCCUAGCCAAAGAACCCCAAAAUGCUAGCACUACACUGCAAGUACCCAACUGUGUAAAGAACAACAUUACUGUGUCUUUUCAGCACUUUCUGAACCAGAGCAUCCACAAUUCAGAACAGACUGCACUGAUCAUUUUAAAUAUACUUGUUUUGGUACCUAAGAAGCAAAGAAACAGGAAAAUCUCCCUGCUCUUGUUGCUGCCUCUCGAUUGUUUCAGCUCAUGCUGAUGCUCCCCAGGAAGGCUACCUCACCCACAUUCUUGUCAGCUUUUUACCAACUUUGCAGCCUGGCAGAGCUGGUAAUGAAAUAAACCUGCAAAAUCCUC